GCGGCGCCAAAGCUCUCAUCACCACGGUGACCACCACAAUACUGCCUGAUCAGGAUUUUCCCAAUCAACCCUGGGAGAGAGCUUGAAAAGCCCUUCCACACGUACAGCCAGAACAAUUGUGCCACAGUCCUCGACUCUGCACAUCACAGACUACAGGGCGUCCCGACGACUCAAGAUCGUCAUCCAUCUAGCACCAUGCAGCUCUGUAUCCUCAUCGCCAAUCUCAUGGCUCUGGCCACCGGUGGUUUGGCUCGGCCGACAGAGAUGAAGGAGGGCAAUGAUCUCGUCAACAUUCGUGUCAACAGCCGCAACCCUGAGCUCGCAGGCAGACUUCUCACUGUCAGCGACGAUGCAGUGGGUCUGCAAGAUGCCGCAUCAGUUCCAGUUCAGGUCUACAUCACCCCCAGCGAGCUCGAGCAGCAGAUCGUCAUGCACAUCUUCCCAUCCGGCGGUCCUGGCGACCAAGUCCUUGCUCUCAAUGGCACUUCUGGUCUUCGGCCCCUUGUCCAGAUCGAUCGCGUGCGCGACACAACCAGCCAGGACAUUGAUGCCUACUCCUUCUCGGUAGCAGGGGACAACAUCAUGGAGGAUUACAACGGAGGAUGCUGGGUCGCCAUUCCCAAGAUUGGUGGCUGGGCAAUCUCCUGGUAUGAUGGUCAGAGCAUGAUCAUCCAAAACUACUUCCCGGUUGUGCUCACUCCGGAGCCGGUCUCGCAGAUCUAGGUUGACUUCAAGCCUUCAAGCUAGGCAUGAAAAUUGAGUCGAUCAUAAAGGUGCAGGGG